ACUUCCGGUGUAAUCUAUAAAUAACAUGACUAGUGAGGUCAGAACAUCUGUAGAGAUGGGGAACAUGGGACUAACUCACCUACCUAUACAGGUUAUAUAGUGCACCAAGUCACGUGAUAUCGAUCAUGACGGUAAACAACAGCCGAGUGAUGUUUUUACCCGCUGGUGAAGAAACAGCAGCCACACUGGCUAUAUUCUCCUAUAUUUUCAUCCCAAUCUUUCUGUUUGUGGCGGGUCUGUUGCUGAGAGAGGUCUACUUGUACUGUAUGAACAACGAUCAAAUUCAGCAUGAGAAGAUUUUCGUCAGGAACACAGCCACUGCCCCCAUACUGACAACCUUGCCCUCAAACUUCCGGUACGCGAAGUACUCACACACAGAGGUGCGCGUGGAGUCUGACGUCAUGUCCGACAGCGGUUCCAGCCUGGUUAGCCUCCCCCACCUGGUCACGUGUCGGUGGUUCAAGAAGUGGUUCACACAGAGAGAAGAACUCCUGGUACCUGUCAAAGACGACCCUGCAAUUAUUGGCCGAGGUAACAUCCUGGAGCAGGCGGCGGCCGCAGAGCCAGGCGAUAGAGUGGCCCACUUCUUCGACAUUGGCCACAAGUGCAAGUUUGACUUUAUUGUAUAGACACGAUUG